AUGGAGGAGUCUAACAAUUAUGGCCACCAACAUCCCCUGCUUCUUAUGUUGAAUCAAGACCAGCUGAUCCACCAUCAAAGUGGUGUAACUGAUUGCUCCAGGUGUGGGGAGAAGGUAUGUGCCGAGGCACCUUUGGAGCUUAAUCAUCCUUUUCAUCCUCAUCAUCCUCUUCUUCUUAUGCAAAAUGCACCUUAUUCAUCUGGACGGUACAUUUGCAAUUUUUGCGAUAAAGGCGGUAAUGAGUUUGUUUAUCACUGCUCUUGCCCUUUUGACUUUCAUAUUAAAUGUGCUUUGUUUACAUUUAAUAUUGCUGAGAAUAAUUUGAAAGAGCUUGAGCAUGUUGCCCUUCAAGAUGAAGAACUUGAAGAUGAUAAUAAGUGCUUUGGGUGCCAGGAACCAUUAACAAAUUAUACGCACUUUUCUCCUGACUGUGGAUUUAAUUUACAUGAGAAAUGCGCUGAGCUUCCUUUCAAACUGAAUCAUGGGUGCCAUCCCAAGCAUCCUCUUUUUGUUGUUCACAUUGAAUGUGCAUCGCAAUCACCAUUACAAGUUAUUAAGAGUACAAAUUAUGAACAUCCAUUCACCUUGUUUAAUGGGCACCAAUAUCCCCUGCUUCUUAUGUUGAAUCAAGAGCAGCUGAUCGACAAUCAAGGCGGUGUAACUGAUUGCUCCAGGUGUGGGGAGAAGGUGUCUGCUCCAUGUUUUUACUGUGCGGAGCACUGUGGGUUUUAUCUUCACAAGGUAUGUGCCGAGGCACCUUUGGAGCUUCAUCACCCUUUUCAUCUCAACCAUCCUCUUCUUCUUAUGCAAAAGUCACCUCAUUUAUCUGGAGCGUACUUUUGCACAUUCUGCCAUGAAUUUGGUGACAAGUCUGUUUAUCACUGCUCUAGUUGUGAAUUGGACUUUCAUAUUAAAUGUGCUUUGUUUACACUUAAUAUUGCUGAGAAUAAUUUGAAAGAGCUUGAGCAUGUUGCCCUUCAUGAUCCAUUGAUUUCCACUGAAAAUGGUGAUAAAAAACUCAAAGAUGUUAGUAAGUGCUUUGGAUGUUGGGAACCAUUAGCAAUGUAUACACACUUUUCUCCUGAUUGUGGAUUUAAUUUACAUGAGAAAUGCGCUGAGCUUCCUUUCAAACUCAAUCAUGUGUACCAUCGCAAGCAUCCUCUUGUUCUACAAUUUAAUAGCAAACGACUCUCUUGCAAGAUAUGCCAAGUACCCAGGCGAAGAGGAUUUGUGUAUGGUUGUUCUCCUUGUAAGUUUGUUGUUCACAUUGAAUGUGCAUCACAAUCAUCAUUACAAGUUAUUAAGAAUACAAAUCAUGAACAUCCAUUCACCUUGUUUUUGAGACAAGUUCCAUUCACUUGUGAUGCGUGUGGCUCUGAAGGAAAUCAUGUUUCCUAUACAUGUGGUACAUGCAACAUUAUAAUCCAUAAAAAUUGCAUUUCAUUGCCUCGCAUUAUCAAAAGUAAGUGGCAUGACCAUCCCCUUAUUCACACAUAUUUCCAUCACCUAGAAGAUUUUAGGGUUUUGGAUUGCCUAAUAUGCCAUGAUGAAGUCAAUACAGAGCAUGGUAGUUACUAUUGUUCAAAGUGUGAUGUUAUAUUCCAUGUGAAGUGUGCAAUGAAGGAUAAAGAUUCAUAUGAAAUAGUAGAAAAUGAAGAUGAGAUGCCCCAUGAAAGUUCCAUCAGUGUUAUUGAGAGGAACGAUGCUGGAGAAGCUACAAAAAUAAAGCAUUUCAAGCAUAUGCAUAAUCUAAUGUUAGGUCCCUUUGUUGGAGGAUAUGAAAAUAGUUGCAACGGGUGUAUGUUGCCAAUCUCGGAUCCAUUUUAUUACUGUUCAGAAUGUGUUUUUUUUCUUCAUAAAGCGUGUGCCGAGUUAACUAAGAUGAAGAAUGUUUGGCAUCAUCAUUGCCAAGAGCCUCUUGCCCUUAUUUCUGACAAAGCUUUUGAGUGUCAAGAAUGUUGGCACAUAUCUAAUGCCUUUGCUUAUGAAUGUUCUGGAUGUGAGGAAAAUAAAUGUCUCCGAUGUGUGAUUGUUCUUACUCCUGGUGCUCGAACAUGUUUGAAACAUGUUCACCCACUCUAUUUCUACAGAGACUACGAAGGUCAGUGCAAUGCUUGUGGUGAUACAACAAGGGGAUAUGGGGCAUUUUGUUGUAAGGACUGGAAUUUUGUGCUAGAUCUUGGAUGUUUUUCACUUCCAAUUACAGCUCGUCACAAAUGCGAUGAGCACCUUCUUUCACUCACUGAUAAUGAUGGUAAUAGUUAUUCAGAGAGUCAUCAUUGUGAUAUCUGCGAAGAAAGUCGAGAUCCAAAUCGUUGGUUUUAUCAUUGUACAACAUGUGAUACUUCUGCUCAUGUUGGUUGUGUUCUUGGAAGCUAUCCAUUCCUCAAACUCGGGAGCAUCUAUGAAGAAACAAAUCAUCCACAUCCACUCAUCAUUGUGAAGAAGAAGUAUUACUAUCUUGAUUGUAAUAAAUGCGGUAAGCCUUGUGAAGAUGUGGCUCUUGAAUGCUCCAAGUUGGAGUGCAAAUAUAUUGUCCACUGGGAUUGUGUAGCACCCUAUUUUCUACGGCAGUGGUGGAAGUGGGGCAUGUAG